AUGAAUUACUUUAUAAAUUUAUAAGAAUUUUUUUAAAUUUAUCUUGAAUAUUAUCUUAGCAUAAAAAAUUAAUGGAAACCCUUAUUCAAUUAUUAAAAAAUUAAACUUUCCAACAUUUUUAAAGAUUAACUCAGCAAGAAAUUUAAUUGCCAAAAGGCUAAAAAAAGAAAGGGUUUGGAAAUUUUUAAGAUAUAACAGAAAUGUCAAGAGAUGAGCAUUAAUAAGAAAAAAUAGAAUAUUAUUAUGGCGAUUUUAUUUUAAGAGAUAAUUCCAGAAGUUAAUGUUUAUUUAAAUAUAUACUAUAAGAUGAUUCUAUUAACAAAAAGAAAUUAUGAUACAAUAGAAUUUAUUAAGGUAAAAAGAGUCUUUAAUCCCCCUAAAAGAAUGAAAGAAGAAUUAUCACUAUAAAAGAACCUAAUAUGUCAUCUUAAAGUGGAUAGGAAAUUGUGGGUUUUAUGA